GUAGUGGGUAUGGUAAUUUACAUGUGAACGCAACAUACCCUCAAAAAGGCAAUAAUAAUCUAGCAGUAAAUUACAACGAGAUUAACUUCACAUUUCAAGAACCAGUUUCGUUUGCAAAUGGCAAAUUGUAUAUUUAUCAAACAUCUAGUCAAGGCAAUGUUCUUCGACAAGAUCCAAAAACUUGUACUGAAUGUACCGUUUUGGGAAAUGUCGUCACCCUUAAUGUUUAUGAUUCUACUUUUGACGAAUCAGGUGGUGAAUAUUAUAUUCAAAUGGACAAUAAUUUGGUACAAAACUCAAUAUACAAUGAAGCUAUCUUGGGCAUCGACUCCUAUGUGUGGACUUUUCAGACAAAUGAUAUCCAAGGAUUAUUACGAUUAUCGAAAAAUGGGACUCAUCAUUUUCGAGAAUUUAGCAAUUCAGAAAAAUCCGAUUUUAUUACUACAUUAAUAAAUGAACUCACGGUUAGAAUUCCUGCCGAGAAUGAUAGAUUGAGCUCAAACGGAAAUUACCAAUUUGAAGAUUCUAGUAUACAAAACAUUCUUAUUUUACUUUCUAUUAAGCGGGCAAAAGGUGUUGACAAAAUGCUUAGCACACAAUUAGCGAAAAAUUUAAACCAAUUAAUAAUAAAUGGAGCACAUACGGGUAUAUCAACGGGAACUACUACAAUUUAUUUAGAUUAUAGUUACAGAUUUCAACAAUCCCAAAAACACGUAAGAAUCACCUUUGGUGACUUUAUCCUUGCUAUUAAGAAUGUCAAUACCAAUGCAACUAAGGCAGAAAAGACUGAAAUGAACAUUGCCUUAUUUAAUUUAAAGAGCUUUUGCACUGAUAUUAUCAAAAAAAAACAAUGA